UCGGAGGUGAAAAAAAAACGAUCGUGACGUCACAGAAAUAUUAAAUAAAGAGGAUUCUGUGUUUUUAGACCAGUGCUGUGUUGUGUGUGAGACGGAGCGCGAUAAUUAUAAUAAUGAAGCCACUACUCCGGUCAGUGGUGGUGAUAAGCCUUCUACUAUGCAUUCACGCACUCCCCGAGAACAUCGAAGAAGUAAAACAACUGCCCCAGUCCAAAGAACCAGUGUUAGAGGCUGAGGAAUCCGAAGCCCAGGCGAGGGUAGAACGCUGCACAUCAUGCACCAGCGUCUUAAAAGUUAAAUCACCCAAAGAAGCCCUCGCAGCGCUCACUGCGUUGCCAGGGGCUGAAAUCCAUACACAACAAUCCUUCCAAGGUUGCUCCAGCGAAAAAGGCUGUGCAGGAAUCAAAGUGAAAGAUGGUAACAUCAUCGAAAAGUACGGUAACGUAGACGCUUUUAACGCUGCAGCAGCAGCCGACAUUAACAAAGACUUUACCUUCCACGCAGCUGGAGCUUUGGGUGACGUUUUCAGUGCCGCUUUAGGCAACAGCGCCAAUCCACCUUUCUGGUGGAUGAACAAAGAUUCCCCAUUCAAAGCUGGAUCGGGUGCAACCUUUGAAAAAUACAGCCAAUCUGAAAGCUCAAGCUUCUCGGGUGGAGCCAAUGCAGGCAAUUUCGGAGCUGCGGCGUUAAACUUGGCUGCCAACCCAUUCCUAAAUGGAGAUUUAUCUAAAGGUUUGGGCAUAGCAGGCGCCGGAGUAGGAUCUGCUAUCAAACCUGCCGCUUUCCAAUCAUCAUCUGCUUUCGAAUCCUCAUAUAGUUCUUCCAAUAAUGGAGCAGUCGACUUAUCCAAAAAUCCAUUCUUAAACGGUGGAUUUAAGGCUGGACAAGCUGCCGGAUUCCAAGGAGCAAUCGGUGCACAAGCAGCAAACUCUCAAGGCUAUGGUGCAGCACUUGGCAACACAAACUUAGGUGCUGCGAACACAAACUUUGGUGCUGCAAACUCAAACUUUGGCGGGGCAAGCUCAGCCUUUGAUGCGGCAAACACAAACUUGGCUGCAGCAAACUCAAACUUUGGUGCGGCAAACACAAACUUGGGUGCAGCAAGCACAAACUUCGGUGCAGCAAGCUCAAACUUCGGUGCGGCAAGCUCAACCUUUGGUGCCAGUGGCGCAGCAAACACACAAGGCUUCGGCGCCGGUGGUUACAAUGCUGGUUUCGGUGCCGCAGGAAACGUUGGCACAGGAUAUACUGGCUCAUCCCCUAGCCCAUUCGUGCCUACCUCUGGCUCGAAUGUCAACUUGAUCCAAAGCGAAAAAGCUAACGAAUUCGAUUUCCAACAACAGCAACAGACUCAGCAGAAUAUCGAUGAGAUUUUCCAGAGUUCUGGAAACGUCGGACUGGAAGUGAGUGGUGGUGAUUUUCAGCAAGCCUGCAACAGCCAGGGGUACGUGUGCGCCCUGAAGACUCAAUGCACGAACGGCGUCGUCAACGCAAAUGUAGUAGCACUUCUUCAAGCUCAACCUAAGAAACCAUACUGCAGCACCCUCACCGAAAUCUGCUGCAGAAUUGACGUGAGCACCAUAGCAAGUAGCCUUGGAGUGGGAUCCACCUUCGCCGCACAAGGCGCCGGGUUCGCCAGCCAGGGCGCCAACGCUUUCAACGCCCAACGGGGUUCCUCAUUCGGAUCGCAAUCGAGCUUCGGAAAAGGCACAACCCAAAGUGCCUUCGGUUCUGGCUUCGGCUCAACCCUCGGAGCUACAGCCGCUAAAGGUACAACACGGUUUGGCAGCGGAACAUCUACCUUAGGUUCAUCGUCGACUGGGGCAUUCGGUUCCAGUUUAGGAGCUAAGGGCUACGGAUCAACUGCGGCUUUUGGAGCUAACAGAGGCAUUUCCACCGUCGCCCCGACAACGAGUUUCGGCGCCGGACUCAAGCCGGUCAGCCAAUCAAACUUCAUCGACACAGACUCUUUCUCCGCUGGCAGCGAGACAGCUGGAGUUUACAGACCUGGAGCGGUCGGCACAGUCCUUAAACCUGGCAUCCCCUACCUCCCUCCUGUAGAUAACACAAACAGCGGCACUAACAUCGUGAGCUCCACUGUUUUCCCUAACCCCACCUUUGUUACUACCCCUAAACCUUUCACUACCCCCAGACCCAUCAUUACCCCACGGCCUAUCGUUACCCGUAAGCCUACCUACAUACCUCCCCCAAUCCCGCGCCCUAUUACCUCCACCGCAGCCCCCGCCUACCUACCCCCGAUUGGAGAACAGACGAUACAGAGGGAAACCAUUGUACCUCCGUACUCCGAUGGAUCGUUGAUUCUGGAUCAGCUCAGACCUGCUGUAGUCAAACCUACUCCAGUUCCCAUUCCAAGUGAAAUACCAGCUGGUUGCGCCGCAGCCCUUAAGUGCACGCCCAUCGAGUUCUGUACAGCGGAGGGAGUCAUUUCCAACACCACCGUUUUCCUGACCAGGGAUCAAAACGCUUACAGAGUACCUCUCACUGACUGCAGGGACCUUGCGACCGGGGUCGUUGGCAAGUGCUGCCGAGACCCGUGGUACACGGACCCCUGGCCCACCAAUCAGCUGGGCAAGUGGGUGCCCGGUGUGUUCGGUGGCAACGACGGCAAGUACGUGCCAGACAGUCGGCCCAGCCCUAACAACGUGCGACCGCCCGCAACCGCCCGCCCACCUGCGACCGGCUCCGUCUACCUCAACAACUUCAUUACACCCAAACCAACAGUUUCCGCGUACAGACCUCCAGUGACCCCAGUGACCCCAAUCACCCCCUUCCCCGCGAAGGGUCAAUUCGGACUCGGAGGUCAGGGUCAGUUCGGUAUCGGCGGUCAAGGACAAUACGGCCAGGGAGGCAGAGGUCAGGUCGGAAUUGUUGGACAAGGUCAAAUCGGUUCAGGAUCUCAAACUAACACAGCCUUCGCGCAAGGCACCAGGGGCCAAGGCGCGUUUGUCUCUCAAGGGCAAGGAGAGCUUGUGUCUCAAGGGCAAGGGCAAUACGGCCAGGUUGGAGUGGGCCAAAUUGGUAUUGGCGGAGCAGGACAGUUCGGACUCACUGGACAGGGUCAACAAACACAAUUCGGCGUUGGGCAAAAAGGUGUAGGAUUAGGCGUGACCACGGGACAGGGCCAGUACGGAUUACAAGGACAAGGCGUGUUAGUAUCUCAAGGAGAAGGACAAUUUGUGUCUCAAGGACAAGGAGCCGCUGUGUCUCAAGGCGCAGGUUUCGGCAUUCGUGAAGGGCAAGGCCAGUUUGUCAGCCAGGGUCAAGGUUCACUCGUGAGCCAAGGAGUUGGACAAGGAGUGAGACAAGGACAAGGACAGUUUGUGUCCCAAGGAGUUGGCCAAGGUGUACGUCAAGGUCAAGGUGCUAUUGUGACACAAGGACAAGCUGGCUUCGGAUCUCAGGGUGCAGGAGGAUUUGUAUCACAAGUCGCAGGAGGUCUAGUCAGUCAGAGUGAGGGAGGUCUUGCCAGUCAAGGCCAAGGUGCCUAUGUUUCCAAUGGAGUCGGUCAAGGUAUCCGUCAGGGUCAAGGUGCAAUCGUUUCCCAAGGUGUUGGCCAAGGCAUCCGCCAGGGUCAAGGAGCAUACGUUUCCCAAGGAGUUGGACAAGGCGUUACCCAAGGCUUCGGACAGGGUGUUAUUCAAGGACAGGGUGAGCUCGUUUCUCAAGGAAAUGGAGCUUUAGUAUCCCAAGGUUUUGGCGCGGGAAUUCGUGAAGGACAGGGUCAAUAUGUGAGCCAAGGGCAAGGAGCGCUAGUGUCCCAAGGAUUCGGCCAAGGAAUUCGCCGUGGACAAGGGCAAUUAGUGUCCCAAGGAAAAGGGCAAUACGUGAGCCAAGGUGGUGGAGUGAUUACUUCACAAGGAUUCGGUCAGGCAAUUCGUCAGGGAGUCGGUCAGAUUGUGACCCAGGGGCAAGGCCAGAUUGUGAGCCAGGGACAAGGUUUUGGAGUAGAAAAUGAAUAUGAUGAAUCAGUAAACAGAGUUUUCCUGCAGCGGUACACCGGCGGAGGCGGACAGUGUGGAGUUUUGAAUCCCCAAAGACCGGCCGGCAACCGCAAAGACCUGGAAGUGGACUUCGCAGAGAUCCCCUGGCAAGCGAUGGUGCUGCUCCAGACCAACAAGAGCCUCCUGUGCGGUGGAGUGAUCACCAGACCUGAUGUCGUCGUGACUUCCGCAGCCUGUGUUGACGGCCUCGAUGCCAAGAACGUCCUCAUCAAGGGAGGAGAAUGGAAACUCGGAAUCGACGACGAACCUCUACCCUUCCAGAUCGUCCAAGUCAAGACAAUCCUACGUCACCCUCUGUACAAGUCUGGCAGCCUUCUCUAUGAUGCUGCUAUCCUGGUACUAACAGAGAACCUGAGGUUCGCCAAGAACAUCUACCCCAUAUGUCUGCCGGAAGCUGAAGAUACAUAUGACGCUUUGUACGCUGGUGAAGGAACCUGCAUUGUCACUGGAUGGGGCAAGCAAGUACUUCAAGCUCACCUGUCCGGCGCCAUCAUGCACAGUUUGAACGUGUCUCUGGUCCGCCCCGACGACUGCCAGGCCAAGCUGGCGUCCGACUACCCGCACCUUCUGGAGCAGUACGACGACGACAGCUGCGUGUGCGCACAGCCCAGCGACGCGCUCAACAACAUCUGCAGGGUGGACAUCGGUAGCGCCCUCGCCUGCACCACCGGAAAUGGACAAUAUGUAAUGAGAGGAGUUUACUCGUGGGACUCAGGCUGCGCAGUUGGUAACCAGAUCGGUGCUUUCUACAAAUUCGACAUCGAAUGGUACCAGUGGGCCAUCGGACUCAUCGAAAGCGUGCGGUUCGCAAAGUACAGCACCGUCACCAAAAUCACCACCACCAAAGUCACCGGCAUCAAAGGAGGCGUCAAGGGAAGUGGUAUUAAGAAUCUGGGUGCAGGAUCAAGUUUGGUUACCGGUAAAAUUACAUCUGGAUCUGUCGGAGACGCUGGAAAAGGUUUCCAAGUAGGUAACAACCAGUUCGGUUUUGGCAGCCAGGGUUCCCAAGCGUUCUCAAGUGUCAAAGGCUUUGGAAAGGUUUCGGCUUCGAGCAGUGCCAGUAGCGGAGGCGGUGCCUUCAAUUUCGGAGACCUGAAACCCAUCUCCAAUGGAUUCAGCGCAACCUACUCAGAAAAGAAGGUCUUCCAAACCGAGCCUAAGUACAUAACGUACACGACGAAACCAGAAAUUAUAUCGUACACGACAAAACCAGAGAUUGUCACCUUCACGACAAAACCCGAAAUAGUAACCUUCACGACUAAACCGGAAUACUUCACGUACACAACGAAACCUAAAUAUGUUACGUACACAACGAAACCCGAAAUUGUAACAUACACGACGAGACCCGAAAUUGUAACAUACACGACGAAACCGAAAAUAGUGACCUACACGACGAAACCACAAAUCAUUACAUACACGACGAAACCACAGAUUAUUAGGUACGAAACCUCUGGAAGCGGUACCAAUCCACAGUACGUAGCGCCUGGUACAUCGCUGAACGAAUCCUUCUCGGAUAUCGUUCACAAGCACACGCACAACGCGAAAUGUAAGUGCAUUGAGGGCAAAAAGUAAACAGGGGAACCAUUGGUCGUUAAGUUUUAGUGCCAUAACACAGAUUAAAAGAAAAUUGUAGACGAAAACCGUCCAAGACCAUCCAAAGCUUCUACGUUACUGCUGUUAAUAUUGUACCAAUAGAUAAUAGUGCAAAUUAGAUCAACGAAUCCAAAACUAAACUAAAUGUUCUUGGUGUUAUUCCGAAUACUUCUUACUUUAUUGCACUUAACAUUUAAUUAUUGCAUAGCUAUCAGUGCUGAUUAUUGUUCCAACAGAUAUAUUGCUGAAAACUUAUUUAGGAAUCCAUAAAUUGAACUAAUUGUUGUUGAUGUAAUUCCGUUUCCUUUGUUAAACUUUAUAUUUAAAAGGACUUACUUUUAGAUCUUUCGUUAAGGAUUUUUACUACUGAAUCAGCACGAGCGUAAAAAAAACCUUGCUAUCAAAGUAUGA